UCUCUCAGUCCAUCUAUUCGUCUGUCCAUCUCUCAGUCCAUCUAUUCGUCUGUCCAUCUCUCAGUCCAUCUAUUCGUCUGUCCAUCUGUCAGUCCAUCUAUUCGUCUGUCCAUCUGUCAGUCCAUCUAUUCGUCUGUCCAUCUCCCUGGUUUCCUGUUUGGGACGUGUACUUUACUUCUGUUUACCUCUCUCACCCAAUAUGCCGAAAGCUAUCAGUCCAUCCACCUGUGUUUUCAUCUACCUCUACCUGUGAUCACCGCCGAUAGAGGAAACACAUUAAAAGUAACUAGUCACUUUAGUUAUUAGUGAUCACAAACCACAGACCGUUUCAACUUCCCCAUACAUGACAAUUGUGCUCUUUGUUCUCCAGUCGUCCCUCGCCUGUUACCGCCUACUUCUCGGUCCUGCCGCGGAAACGCCAAUGAAGCGUGGACGGGGCGGAGGCAGCCUGUCCAGGUGUGUUGCGAGGGAUCGGAGCCCCCAUAGAGGGAGCGUAUGGGCCCUGCAUAUAUAACCAGGGAGUGGCCACUAAGGACCCACAGUACCGCCCUGACCCUUGAGACGCGAGGACGGCUUGCUGGCUGGCGAGGGAACAUGAUGGUGAUGCAAUGGAUGACGUUCCUCGGCGUGGUGGUGGUCGCCGCAGCCGACGGCUCCGGACACUUAUCGUACGGCGCCCGCCCCCCCGCCCCCCACCAUCACCCCGAGCCCUCUUACGGCCACGAGCCCGAGGUCCCUGCCUGCGCCGACAACACCACCAAGCCGUGGUGCCUCGAGGACACCGAGUACCCGCUCUACGAAAUCAAGCACGCCAUCCAGUACCACUUCGCGAAGGUUAUCGAUCUGUACGCCGACGUGGCGGACCUCAACACGGAGCUGUCGGUGGAGCGGCCCGACACCCUGGACGAGGAGACGUACCUCUGCCCCUCCGAGACCGCCUACGUCAGGCCGCUGCGGGCAAUCAACACGGACGGUAAAUGGCGUGUCAUCGUGAACAACGUUGAGACUCACUACAAGACCCUGACGCAGACGACCCGCGUGGAGGAGUGCCUCACCGCCGGGGACGCCUGCCCGCUGGUGCCUGAAUGCCACGACUCCUCCUGCCUCCAGAAGUCCAUCUACCACCGCUUCCUCGUCUUCGACCCCUACGACCAGUACUUCCCCUUCACCAUCGAGACCUUCAAGCUGCCCGCCAGCUGCGCCUGUCUCCUCGGCGCCUCCACUCUCGACCACUAACACCAGGACCAUGCGAUAGUUCCUACGUAAGACAAGACAACGACGACGACGAGGAAGAAGAAGAAGAGGAAAAAGAAGAAGCAGAAAAAUAGAGGAAGAAAAAGAAGAAAAGUAGUAAUAGCAGUAGUAGAAGAAGAAGAAGAAGAAGAAGGAAUAACCACAACUCUCCCCUACACGCCUCUUCUACAGGCGAACGUGAAGAAAGCAGUUCUCUAGUCAUCUCUUCUAAUCGCUAGUUUGUAGGUUAAUGUAUUCUAUUGUUAUCAUUAAGUCUGUGCCACGUCUUAAUCAUGGGCGUGAAUAAAGGUAAAAAAACAUA